CCAUUAACGCCUGCUUCAGCCUCCUCCUCCGUUUCCAUCUUCAUCCUUUCUCCUCCUCUGCUUUUGCCUUCCUCCCCUGCUUUCCUUUUUUUGCUUGUAAAUCGAUAGAGGCAAGAGAAGGUAAUUCGCGUUCAUCAUUUGCAUACAAAAAUGUUGAAUAACAGUAGGGAUGGAGCUCUGCCGCUGGCUUCCUUGAACCACAUCUCCAUCGUUUGCAGAUCGGUGGAGGCGUCGCUCGAUUUCUACCAAAACAUACUCGGCUUCCUCCCCAUCCGCCGCCCCGGCUCCUUCGCCUUCGAUGGCGCCUGGUUAUUCAACUACGGAAUCGGCAUCCACUUGCUUCGGAGCGAGGACCCUGAGAAGAUGCCCAAGAAGAGGGAGAUCAAUCCCAAGGACAACCACAUCUCCUUCCAGUGCGAGAGCUUGGCGUUGGUGGAGAAGAAACUGAAGGAGCUGGAGAUACCGUACAUCCAGUGCCGCGUGGAGGAGGGCGGGAUCUACGUGGACCAGCUCUUCUUCCACGACCCGGACGGCUUCAUGAUCGAGGUCUGCAACUGCGACAACCUGCCGGUGGUCGCCCUCUCCGGCGAACCCAUCAUGGCCUGCAAGCGAGUCGCCUCCCUCAUUUCCCAGCAGCACCAACAUCAAGAAGCCGUGUAGCGCCUGGCUGGCACUGCGACCACGGUAAUAAUCAGAUCAGGCUCAGCGGCGCAUCGUUAAAUGGGAAUCUGUCGGACUGUCUUCGUUUUUUUUCUUUUCUCUUUUGGUUUUGUAUCUGUUUGGAUUGUGCGUAGCAGCCAAGGUUUAGGUGAGGACGGCGAUUAGCAUGAAACAAUCGAUUGUUUGUGGAGGCCAGUUGUCACUCCUCGUCACGUCAUGUUCAUCAAUCAGUGAACUUGUUUUACAUGCAA